CCCAGCACACAGCGCCUCCUCAGAACUUGCUCGUGUCCGCUCGCAGCCUCCACUCUGCAGUUGCAGGCUGCACAACGCUUGGUAGCAGUUGGCCACAGGUUGUGGAUGAGGGCAGGGGACCGCGCGAAGACUAUCUGCCCAGAAAAGCAAUCAAUAAAAGGACUUUGAAGUGAAGUUUAUGUUUUAUUUGUGAGCACUUCACUCAACAUGAGGGACCGUACUUGACUUUGGAUAUUGAACGCAGGCUGCCUGUCGCUAAAAGUUCAAUAUCCAUUUUCCAGAGUUUCGGCGAACAGAACUGGGCGCAAUUACGCACGGCGAGUACCAUGGCACCGAUUUUGGAUAGACGUACUCCCGCUUUGCUCUUGAUUUGGAGCUACUGCGUCCUGGCAGACACAGCUUUUACGAACUUUACUUUGGACAACGAGUUCCACUCUAGUUUCAUCCACCGUCGGCUGAAGAGCCAGGAGCGCAGAGAGAUGCAGCGGGAGAUCCUUUCGAUCUUGGGGCUGCCUCACCGGCCGCGUCCCCACCUCCAUGGAAAGCACAACGCUGCCCCGAUGUUUAUGCUGGACUUGUACAACGCCAUGUCCACAGAAGGGGACGAGGACAGAUACUCCUACCCCUACAAGCCUGUCUUCACCACCCAGGGCCCCCCGAUAGCCAGCCUCCAAGACAACAACUUCUUAAACGAUGCAGACAUGGUCAUGAGCUUUGUCAAUUUAGUGGAGCAUGAUAAGGAAUUCCUACCAGUGCGGCGGCAUCACAAAGAGUUCCGAUUCGACCUAUCACGGAUCCCAGAGGGCGAGGCGGUCACCGCUGCUGAGUUUCGUAUAUAUAAAGACUUCAUCCACGAACGUUACGAUAAUGAGACCUUCCGCAUCAGCGUCUAUCAGGUGCUGGAGGAACACUCUGAUAGGGAGUCAGACCUGUUUCUGCUGGACUCACGGGUGAUCUGGGCUGCAGAGGAGGGCUGGUUGGUGUUUGACGUGACAGCCACGAGUAACCACUGGGUCCUGAACCCCGGCAGGAACCUGGGUCUACAGCUGGCCCUGGAGAGCACAAAUGGUGAGAGCAUCAAUCCUCGUGUGGCAGGGCUGAUUGGUCGCAGUGGGCCUCAGAAUAAACAGCCCUUCAUGGUGGCCUUUUUCAAAGCCACUGAGGUGCACCUGCGAAGCAUCCGUUCAGCGCCAGGGGGGGCCAAACAGCGAAACCCCAACCGCUCCAAAGGGGCAAAAAGCCAAGAGGCGCUCAGAGUGGCCAAUGUUGCAGAAAACAGCAGCACUGAUCAGAAGCAGGCAUGUAAGAAGCAUGAGCUCUACGUCAGUUUCAGAGACUUGGGGUGGCAGGACUGGAUCAUCGCUCCAGAGGGAUAUGCGGCGUACUAUUGUGAGGGAGAGUGUGCCUUCCCUCUGAACUCCUACAUGAACGCCACAAACCAUGCCAUUGUGCAAACACUUGUUCAUUUUAUUAACCCGGAGACGGUUCCUAAGCCUUGUUGUGCCCCCACACAGCUCCAUGCCAUCUCAGUGCUCUACUUUGACGACAGCUCUAACGUCAUCCUCAAGAAAUACCGCAACAUGGUGGUCAGAGCUUGUGGCUGCCAUUAGACUGUCAGCAUAUUCACGCAGAGACACACUAACACACACACACACACACACACACACAGAAGUAGAGGUGGCGUCUCUUUGCUGUUGAGUAUGGAUUACAAAUUGUAAGACUGACACGUAAUCUGAGAGUUCAAGUGGGGAGUGCAGGAGAGGCUCUCGUUACGUCUUCAAGGUUGUGCUGAAGUAAACACGAUGCUGAGCGGCCGAACAGGAAUUUCUAUGAAGUUUAGACUCCUCACCACAAGCACACACAGACACGCACAAACAAACACACACGCUCACACACACACACGUUUGUGCUUUCUACUGUGUAUACAAGACAUUAAAAAGCAGUGAUUGUACUGUAUAUUCAUUCACAGUCAACAAUCUUUUACUUCAGUAACUGUCAUUGUAGUUCAUUCUUUUACUGUAGAUUUUAUUAUAUAUAUAUAUAUAUAUAUAUGUAUGUAUAUAUAUAUUUUUAUGACUGAGAAACCCAGAUGGAUGUCCUGAAUUUCUUUCAUGUACAAUACCGUGUAAAUAAUUUUUUUCAAACAAAACAAGAAGUGUAUUUAUUUCCUGGAUUGUCACUUGUGUUUUCUCCUGUAUGUAAUGCUGCCUGUUUUCUUUCACACACAAACUCUUGAGGAAAUGAAAACAGUUUUUACAGAAAACUCUCUCUGUGCCACAAGUGUACAUCUACUCUACACGCCGAUGGUGGGAGGCAAUUGACAACUUGGACCUGUGGAAAUAUCUGCAUAUUUCAUCGGUCGGAGCUUUUUUCCCUGACGCACAUUUUUAUAGCAAUGAUCAGCUGAACUGCCAGAGAGAGAGCGAGAGAAGGGCUUUGUACAAAGCAUUUUGUUCUGUGUGCUAGACAUCUUCAGGUUUAUAUUCCUCUGCUGUAAUACAAUCUGUCAUAUUUAAAAGGUCUAUUUAUUGAGAGCUGGCUAAGACAUUCGACAGUGUUCUCCGAUGUCUCAACCAUGUUUUACUGCUGAACUGGUACAACAAUAAACUGGGAGAAAAGCAACAAAACCACA